AGUCCGCACCUUAUAUAUAUUUAAAAUAAUCUAACGCGUCCUCACGCAAGCCAUUCAAAAGUCUCCAAAGAGCGCUUCAAUUAACUAGGAAGGACAUGGGAUUGAUCGGAGACACCGUCGACUCUGUCAAAUCCAUUCAGAUCAGACAGCCUCUCUCUCAGGCCGUCAAUAUUGGCAUACUUGUUACGUCGGCGCUAAUUAUAUGGAAAGGACUAAUGUGUAUAACUGGUAGUGAAUCACCUGUUGUGGUUGUGCUCUCCGGAAGCAUGGAACCCGGCAUCAGAAAAGGUGACAUUUUGUUCUUGCAUAUGAGUAAGGAUCCCAUUCGUGCAGGAGAAAUUGUCGUGUUUAAUAUAGAUGGACGUGAUAUUCCAAUUGUCCAUCGAGUAAUUACGGUUCAUGAGAGGCAAGAUACUGGAGAAGUUAAUGUCCUAACAAAAGGAGACAGCAAUAAUGUGGAUGACAGGAUGCUGUAUGCUCAGGGCCAACGUUGGUUGCAACAACACGAUGUCGUGGGGAGAGCUGUUGGGUUCUUGCCUUAUGCUGGUUGGGCAACAAUUAUCAUGACCGAGAAGCCCAUAGUCAAGUAUAUACUUUUAGGCGCAUUGGGAUUGCUGGUCAUAACCUCAAAGGAUUAGGGUUACAAAUUUACAGUUUCACUACAUGGUUCUGAUCAUAACAGAUUUUCCUUCCUAAACAGAGAUUGAAAAAGAAGAAGGAUAGUUGACAUAGUCAUACUCAUACAAAUUUUAUAGAUCAGAGUACCCUUCCUGUUCUGUAAACCGACUCUCAACACAUAAUGUUUUAUCUGCAAAUUGGAUUAAGUACUUGUUCAGAUAUUUAAUAUCAAUUGGAUGAAAUGUUUCUUUUGUUGAUUCA